UUUAUUUGAUCAAAAGACAUUUUAUUUGAUCAAAAGACAUUUUAUUUGAUCGAAAGGUGCUUAUUUAAUUUGAAGCCAUUACUAACAAAAACGUCAAACAGCGACUCCCAAAACGCCGGGCAGCCGCCUGGAACUGCUCCCUAGUCGGCUGCGGCGGUGUCGGCGUGGUGCGCCACGACCAGGCAACCAAAAACGCAGCGAAAAGCAUCUCCAUCACAUUCGACAUGAACAGGCUCCAGUCCAUUCCCUCGCCCGGCGAGAAGAACAGCCCCGGCAGGGUCCUCGUCUCCAUGAACCCGUUGGGGGUGCCUUCGGCAGUCCAGGGCCAGAUAGAGUACUACCACCCGCUCAUCAGCCACGAGAGCCUGCUCAUGACGCGCCACCUGCACAGGAUCAACGGCGUCUCCUGCAUCUACUUCGCGGGUGCGUGGAUGGGUUACGGAUUCCAUGAGGACGGCUUCGCCGCGGGAGCCCACGCCGCACGGCUCAUCACCGACGGCCACGCGAGCACAGCACCGCUUGAUCUGAUCCAGGACAUUGAGGACGAGACAGCGGCCGCGUACGGCGCGGGCGUCGCCCGGCUGGCUUUGAGAUUCGGCGUCGGCAUGGGAAUCGAUUCCAUCAGGAUCAGACUGCUGUCCAAUGCGGCCGUCGGGAUCAGGGGGAACUUGCAGUAGAUGGGCUCGUUCAGGUCCUCGAGCGGGCUGCGGUACGGAGUUGCAGGAUUAUGUUUUGCGUGUUCGACUCUGAAGGCUUAUGGACCAAGGCUAGUCUCUAAUGACUCUAGUAAUACGGUAAACCCGUUAGUGCCUGGGAUAAACAGCUGGGGAGCGUGUGGUAUAUCAGCUAAAUUAUUACGAAGAUGAUCGACGAUGCUUUGUCCAAGCUUAUCUCAACGGAUACCAUUCUGGGAAGGGCUUAGCGCAAUAAAUUUCUCAUUGUCUGGCCUAAUUUGGCCGUCGGCUGCGGUUUAUGGAAGGGUC